AUGCCAUCUGUGCCUUCGCGAGGCGGUCCGUCGACUGCGCGGCCUGGACCGACCUACACCGGCGGAAAAGUUUCUCCUUUUCAGAGAAGAGGUAUUGUCCGCCCAGGUGGUGGAAAGACUGUCCUCGGUGGAAAGCGCCACAGAAAAAUUCUGAGAGAUAACAUUCAGGGCAUCACUGCUAACCAGAUCGUCACAGCCAAGCCCGCUAUCCGACGCCUGGCGCGCCGUGGAGGCGUGAAGCGAAUCUCUGCUGGCAUCUACGCGGAUGUUCGUGCAGCGCUGAAAGCCCGGCUCGAAACAAUUCUGUUGAACUGCGUGAUCUACGUGGAGCAUCGUCAAGCAAAGACUGUUACCGUCAGAGAUGUAAUCCACAGCCUCGGUCGACUGGGGCGUCCCCUCUGGGGUUUUGACCCUGACACUUAUGACCCUUCCAAGAAGACUCGCGCCGACCAGCAAAUCACUGCGUAA